GAACAAGAAGCAAGAAUACAACUGACAUAACUGAAAACGCCAUGGAUUCGGCCUCACUCCAAGCGAGAGUUCUGGCCAGGCUGAGCAAAGAAGAAAUCCAUGGCUUUCCAGCUACGAUGCCACCACAACCUCCUCAGUCUGCAGCUGUUGGUGGGUUGUCGUCUGAUGAUGACACAAGCUCCUCUAGUGAUAGCGCACCUGAAGACUUGCGGAUACACAUAACUCCACAAAGACCUGUGGCACGUGCCCGCAAAGGGGCCUUGGCAGAGGAGCUGGAGGAGGAGGACUCACCAGAGUCAGAGGAUGAAAAGAAAGCGCCAGCGCUCAUCACAGCGACCCGUUUGUGCAACCGACGUGAACUUGCAAGGUGUGUGCGCCAUCAACGGCGGAAGCUUCAAAUCGCAUUGGCGGCCUUGAUCCUAUCAGUGUUGCUGUUCCUCUUGAGCACCUUGAUUUUUCUGGAGGCUCCACAGGUGCAAAUGCGGCCAGAGGCUCGUUACAGAACAGAAGACAUACCACAAGAGGCAUGGUUGGCUGCCGGCUGGGGACUGCCACCAGUGAUACGGGAGGAGCGACAGCCAAAGGCACCUUCCACCUCGUUUCACUAAGCUGAAAAGGUCGUCAUGCACCCGUUGCCGAGUUUGGCGGGAUUUAGAAGCUUCGUUCAUCUCCCAGUCAUCCAUGC